GCCAUUAUCGUUAUAUGGUACCUGCCAGAUACGAUAAUCUAAACGUCAACGAUCCUGGGCCGAGCACAAGCUCGAGAGGUACGAUGCCUCGAACUGAAUCUCGUCAGGCAGGCAAGCGACCGUUGAGGGCUCUCACGCCCCAGGAAAAAAUUGAUGCAAUCAAUAGGGUUCACAAUGGUGAAUCAAAAGCGGCGGUAGCACGCGACAUUGGCGUGCCGGAGUCCACCCUCAGAGGGUGGUGUAAGGCGGAAGAGAAAAUACUGUCGCAAGCUAACAAUUUAAAAACUUCAGCAGCGACACUGCCGGGAACAUCUUUGGGUUUCGAGCAUGUUUUAACAUCUAGUUCUGAUAAUAGUAAUAAUAGUGCAGUGGGUGGUGGUUCUUCGUCGAGGUCGACACCAACGACCCAAGCGAUGUUGGGAUUACCAUCGACUUCCGGUGUGACUGUAAGAGGUGAGAAGUUCGAAGCCGGUCCAGCUCACAACAAUAUGGCACCGACUGAAGCGAAAGCAACUGCAACUUAUGCUCUUAGGCCGUAA